AAGGUGUCGGCCGGCGGAGGUUCGUGUCACGUACUCGCGCUCGCUCCGGGGAGGAAGAUGGGUCGCUCCGCGGUGCUUGUGGUGUUGGCGGCGCUGGCACUGUGCCUAGCGGCACAAGACCAGGGUCAGAAGAAGAGAGGAAAAACUGUGGUAGCCGAAAGUAUGUCAAAGUUCGGCAUGGACAUGUACUCGGUUAUGGCGGACGUUGACAAGACGUCCAACAUCUUCUUUUCGCCGAUGAGUAUCGGUACUGCCCUGGCAAUGGCGUACGCUGGCAGCAGGGGCGAAACGGCCGAACAGAUGGAGCAAGUGCUGCACCUUCGAGGCAAACGGUCAAGAGUCCUACGUGGCCACAGGGGCCUGUUGCGUUACAUGAAGAGGCGGUACCAGGACGACGUGGCGGUCAAACUCACCAACCGGAUGUACGUUGCCGGCGGCCUGCGGCUGCGCUCCAAGUUCCAGAGGACCAUCCAGCGCAUCUUCCAGGCCGAGAUCACCCGGCUGAACUUCAGCCGGUCUAAGAAGGCCGCUGCCACGAUCAACAAGAAUGUCAAGGAGGACACCGAGGGCCAGAUCGAUUCGCUUGUCGAGCCGAAGAUGAUCAACGACUUGACCCGCCUGGUGCUGGUCAAUGCCAUCCACUUCAAGGGCGACUGGCUGAUGAAGUUCGACAAGAAGCGUACCAUCGAGGCCGACUUCCACGCACUGACGGGCACCAAGAAGGUGCCGACGAUGCGCGCCAGGAAGAUGUUCCCGGUCGGCGACCUGUAUGACCUGGAUGCCCGGAUCCUGCAGCUGCCGUACAAGGGUGAGGACGUGCAGAUGAUGAUCCUGCUGCCGAACGCGAGGGACGGCAUCUACGAGUUGGAGAGGCGACUCGCGGACCGCGCGCUGCAGGACCUCAGCUGGAGCGCCGAGGCCGACUACAACGUCACCGUCCGCCUGCCCAAGUUCAAGCUGGAGGAGCGCGUCAACCUCAAGCUGUUGCUGCAGCAGAUGGGCAUGGCUGACCUGUUUGACGAGGUGGCGGCGAACAUGCGGGGAAUGAGCGGCCGGGAGGCGCUGUAUGUCACCGACGCUGUCCACAAGGCGGCUGUCGAGGUCAACGAGGAGGGAACCGAAGCCUCAGCCGCUACAGCACUCGCGUUUGGCUUCCGCACGAUACGGCCCAGACCGCGACCCUUCAUCGUCGACCGGCCGUUCAUCUUCGCCUAUCCGGGACGUCCGGGUGGGCGUGACGCUCUUCCAGGGGCGUGUCAUGGACCCCGGCGCGUAGAGGACGGCCGGAGAUGGCGCCCUCUGCGCCGGGUGGCGCCGCCAGGAGGCGCCCGAGAGGGGUCGGAGCAGACCCCCUGCUGGGCGGCGUACUCUGGCCUGGCGUAGCUGGCACGCUGAUUGGUCCGGCGCAUGCAGAAUUGGGGUAUGCCCGUCUGUGUUGAGCUGCUCGAUGUAUUGGAGUGCAAAAUGUUUUUACGACUUUGUUAGCUGUGGUCGAUAUGUGAAUGUUUUGGUGCUUUACGGAUCGGCUUUGGAUCCGAGCAAAAAUAGUAGCAAUAACAGUAUAAUCGACCACCGUUUCAGUAUUCCAGUAGUCAUCUUUCGCGCUGUGCACUUAACAUUUGCCUUCCACCCGGCCAUCACGCCAUAGUUGUGUGUAGGCGACGUGAGCGGUUAGUCUGAGAAGCAGUCCUAUGUGAGCAGAGCCAUCUGUGGUGCGGUGCGAAGCAGCCGAGAUUAAAGCCGAGUGCUCACACGAUCACUUUUGUAGCUGCUUCUUUGCGGGACACAUUAACCCGGUAACUUGACUUGUGACGGCUGCUGUGGAAUCAUGCGCGCCUACGGGCAGCUUACCAGGUAAGGGUUCGAUGAGCUGCUGUAACGCUUGGCAGAUCGAUGUAAAGGCGGCCGAAGUUGUAGCCACGUUGCCUGUGGUUUCAAAUGUCGCGCUUAACCUAAAUCGCCAGUCUGUUUUAAUCUGAACAUGAUGUAGGUUUGAUGUUGAACAUUGUGCGUAGGAUGCCAGGCUUGCAUCGUGCUGAGUGACAUGCAACUGUCCGUGCCAUGACGACCUCCAGCUACUAGCUAUAAUGUUGAUGAUGCCGCCCGGCAUCCGUCUAGCGGGUCUCCGGCUGUUUUAUCGGGUAUCGACAUCCCACAACCAUGUCGAGAUAGCCUGUUAUAUCACGUGCCCGAGUCUUGUUGCCAAAUGGGUGUCCGUGCUGUCUGCAGAUCGGGAGAGGUGAAUGUUCACAAGGGAAGGCCUCGGGCACAGCCGAAGUCGGUGGGCGGCACGUGUGUAUUUUUACUGGCAUGUGCGGACACAAAGCGGGCUGUCUGGUGCAUGCCUGUACCAGGUGUCAGCCAAACACCGUAAUGUGUGUAUCGUGCUUUACAGCGUAUAACAAGUGUUAAAUAGCAAUAAAUGGCAAAAUGUA